UAUGACGUCAAUUUUGAAUUAGUGAGUUAAUGCUUAGCCCUCAAUAACAUUUGACAUUUAUUUUUGAUUUUGAGGUUAUCCAACUUUCAAUUUAAUUUGUUUACUUGUCUAAUAAACUGGAUAAUUAAAAUGCCUGUAGAUAUAAAAGAACUUACCGAAGGAUGGCUCGAACUAGAAAGUGAUCCAGGUCUAUUCACUCUUCUUUUAGAAGAUUUCGGGGUUAAAGGUGUACAAGUGGAAGAAAUAUACGACCUAAACAAGCCAUUAGAUAGUCCAGUUUAUGGUUUUAUUUUUUUAUUUCGGUGGGUGGAAGAGAGGCGGUCACGGCGUAAAGUCGUGGAACAAAAUGAAACUUUCGUUAAGGAUGAAGAUAUUGUGAAUAAUAUAUUUUUUGCUCAACAAAUGGUACCAAAUAGUUGUGCAACUCAUGCAUUGAUUUCAAUUUUAUUAAAUUGUCCAAAUAUACAUUUGGGAGAGACGCUUGCUAGGCUAAAAGCUCAUACACAAGGUAUGAGUCCUGACAAUAAAGGUUGGGCAAUAGGAAAUACCCCAGAGCUAGCUUGUGCACAUAAUUCACAUGCAAUGCCACAAGCGAAAAGAAGAUUGGAAAAAGGAAGUGGUGUAACAACUGGGCGCUUCACAGGAGAAGCAUUUCAUUUUGUAAGUUUUGUCCCAAUUGGAGGAAGGUUAUUUGAACUAGAUGGAUUAAAACCUUACCCUAUAGACCAUGGUCCAUGUAAUGAUAUGGAAUGGACAGAUAAAUUUAGGAGUGUUAUUACUGAUAGAUUAGGUAUAACUGCAGAUGAAUAUAAUGAAAUAAGAUUUAAUUUAAUGGCUGUAGUUCCCGAUAGACGAUUAGCCAUCCAGCAUAAGCUUAAAAUGUUAAGAACAAAUAAACAGAUAGUUUUAGAUGCCCUGCAGCAUUUAGUUAAAAUUAAAGAUAAGGGAGGUGGAAUCAAAAAUGAAACUUCUAUGCAAGCUGGAAAACAUUCUAUAACUAAUAAUGUUGAUGAAUCUGCAGAAUCAACUAAAGAAGAAAUCUCUGAAGAAGAAGCAAAAAAUACUAAACCUGAAACAUCAUCUACUACUAGUAAAGUUACUCUUUGUCCUUUAGACUAUGCAACACCUUUAACAAUACAAACUUCGCCUGCUCCCAGUACAUCAGGUACUGAUACUCCUUCUGAUCUCGGAUCUGCUUUCAAUUCUCCUACACAAACAUGGAAUUGGGCGAACUCUGCAGCUGGUCAAAAUAGUCCUACUUCUAAGGAUUUAAAACGGUUUGUUGUUCUCAGAAUGGCUGAACAAGAAGAUAAUGAAAAAAGUGUUUCUAGAAUUAAUACUGAAGCUCCAGAACACAAAUCUGGCCGAGGUCAUGCUAGAGUACAUACGAGUGAUGGAGAUCCUGUAAUAGCAGAGAAGAAAAAUCAAGAGCUUCUAGAGCCACACACUUUUGCUCCUAAAGAUCUUCUGGCAUUACUACGUAACCUCGAAAAUGAAAUCUGCAUGUGUGAGAUGAGUUUGAAAGAUGAAAAUGACAAACAGAACAAAUAUAAGGUAGAUGAUAGUAGAAGAACUCAUAAUUACGAUGAAUUUAUUUGUACCUUCCUUUCAAUGUUAGCUGAACAAGGAAAAUUGGCUGAUCUAGUUGAAUUAAAUCUUGUUGUACCAAAGAGACCUAACAAUUCUACUCCUGUACCCAAACCAACUAAAAAGAAGAAAGAUGGAGGAAAAAGAAAGAAAAAAGGGAGAUCCAAAGUGAAAAAAAGGCGUUAAUAUUUUUUUUACUUUAUUUAUUUUCUUUUUACUUAUACUUUAUACACUUAUUAUAUAUUUACUAAAUAAAAAUGCUAUACACAA